UGCAACAGCAAAAGACGCCAGCGGCCUUUCAACCUCAGAGAAGAAGAAAAAGAAAACAUCCAUUCUGUUAUUAGUUUUGUGAGAAAAAAUUGUCUUAUGGACCGUCUUGCGUCGUUUGGGAAUGAUCCUUUUGAUAAACCUCCAUGCAGAGGCUGCUCUUCUUAUCUAACUGAACCUUACAUCAAAUGUGCAGAAUGUGGACCCUCACCUUUCCUUCUCUGUCUACAGUGUUUUACCAGAGGUUUCGAAUACAAGAAGCAUCAGAGUGAUCACAAAUAUGAAAUCAUGACAUCAGACUUCCCCAUCUUAGAGCCGGGGUGGACGGCCCAGGAGGAGAUGGCUCUGUUAGAAGCGGUCAUGGACUGUGGCUUUGGAAACUGGCAGGAUGUGGCUUAUCAGAUGCGGACUAAAACUAAAGAGGAAUGUGAGAGCCACUACAUGAAGAAUUUCAUCAAUAACCCGCUCUUCUCCUCCACCCUGCUGAGCCUCCGCAAGACGAAAGAUUCCUGCUUUGCGGAGGGCGCUAUUCCUUUCAAGCCCACAGACGAUCCCCCUCGCCCCACGUUUGAUUCGGUGUUGUCUCGAGAUAUGGCUGGGUACAUGCCUGCCAGAGCAGACUUCAUGGAGGAGUUUGACAACUAUGCAGAAUGGGAUUUAAAAGACAUCGACUUUGUGGAUGAUGACUCAGACAUUCUACGUGCACUCAAGCUUUCAGUCGUCGACAUAUAUCAUUCAAGAUUAAAGGAGAGGCAACGGAGGAAAAAGAUAAUCCGAGACCACGGCUUGAUCAACCUGCGGAAAUUUCAGAUGCUGGAGCGAUGCUACCCAAAGGAGGUGCAGGAGCUCUAUGACGUCAUGAGGAGAUUUGCCAGGGUGGUUGGACCGAUUGAACAUGACAAAUUCAUCGAAAGCCACGCACUGGAGUUUGAGCUGCGCAGAGAGAUCCGCAGGCUGCAGGAGUACAGAAAAGCAGGGAUCAAGUCUUUCUGCAGUGCAAAGGUGUAUGAACGGGUGAAGCGGAUGCGAGAGGAGGAGCGGAGGAAGCGGACUAUGCUGUGUGAUGUGCUGCAGUACAUCCAGGAUGGUCGAGCUUGUCAGCAGUGGCUCAGCAAACAGGCUGCAAUAGAUGCCGGCAUCACUCCAGCUGUCACAACAAUCACAGUGUCAGCAUCAGGAAGGCGGAGUGCUCCCCCUCUCAACCUAACUGGGCUUCCAGGGACAGAGAAGCUCAACGAGAAGGAGAAAGAGUUGUGUCAGGUGGUGCGUCUGGUGCCGGGGGCCUACCUGGAGUAUAAGCAGGCUUUGCUAAACGAGUGCAGACGGCAGGGCGGACUGCGGCUGGCACAGGCCAGAGCACUGAUCAAGAUCGACGUCAACAAGACACGAAAAAUAUACGAUUUCCUGAUCAAAGAGGGAUACAUCACUAAAGCCUAAGAGUGACUGAUUUGACUUUAGAAGAGUUGGAUGGGUUGUGCUUAUAUAACCUUUUUCCUUUUUACUUGUUAAUCAUAACUCUGUUUGGUAAUGUCAGAUUGUUGCUGCUCCUUUAAUUUUUGUAACAUUUUUAAGUUUUGUGUUUUGAGUUUAAAAUGUAUUAAAUGGCUAAAAUCUUUGUACAAUUCUGUGUCAGAAGAUCAUGGAUUAUUAUAAAACGAGGCUGUAUUUAUUUCUCCUGACAUAGAAAUGUUUAUUAAAAAUAUUUGUAAGUU